GUGUGGCACCGUAGGCACGAAUGGCAUCUUGCUUACACUGCGGGGCUGUCCGGGGCACCACGAUGUAGGCAGGAAUCCCUGUGGGAUGAGAGAGCGAGUAAAUCCAACAGCCCCAAAGCCACAGCAGCCACUUCAAACUGCAGGAGCAGGCACUGCCUUGCCCAUUCCAGCUCUUCCAUGCAUUCAGGAGAGGGAUCUCCAUCCUCCCCCCUGGAACCAGCUCUACAUUUACCCUGUGCCUGCUUCUCGGAGCUGGGCUGGAGCUCGGGGCUACACGUUACCUUCUGCCUGAGCAGCACAGGCCAGCGCCUGGCCGUGAUUGCCACUGCUGUGUGUCACCACAGCGCGGGGCAGCUCCCGGCCCCUGCGCUCGCUUUCCUCAACGAGGCUCCUCACGGCGUUCAGGGCACCGCGGAUCUGCAAGGACAGCACAGGACGGUGUGUGCCGGGCUCAAUGUCUGCCUCGCACCAUCCCCUCACUCCUGGUUAGCACCGUGCAUGGUGGUUAUCGGCGGAACGCGAGUUUCCCUCUUGCAAAAAGCGACCUUUGCCCCGGGGAUUCGCAGCGCCGCCAUCCCCCGCGCACCUUGAAGGAUCCGGUCCUCUGCAAGAGCUCGCACUUGAAGAGCAGCUUCCUGCCGGCCAUGCGGUCCAGCCCGGCGCAGAAAACAUGAAGGAGGUGAAGGAGCCGAGGCACCGCAAAGACAACAGGCGCCCAGACCAGGAGAUUUACAAGCCUGGCCUCUCCAGACUGAGGAACAAACUUGUGUCUCCAAAGCAAGAGGCCUCGGAGAAGGAAAGGACCAGAGCUGAGGAGGACAAGGAGGAGGGUGCUGGGGACAAGGACUCUGUGGGAGUGGGAGCUCCAGCUGUGGAGGACUGGGACAAAAGCGAUGGCCCCAAGCAGAACGGUCCUUCACAGGAAAAGGAAGAAACAGAGACCAAAGGCGGCCUGCAAAGCCAGGAAAACUCAUCCAGGCAGCCCAUUGUGGAUGAGUGGUGUCCAAAGACCCCCAGGAGAACCAAGAAACCGGACCAGCAGAUCUACCAGCCUGGCAAACGCCUGCACUCCGCUGCUAAAGAACCCUCCCCACUGUCAGCCAGCGAGGAAAUCAGCGGGAGGAUGGAGCAGCUGAAAGUUGAGGAAGAGGGAGAGACUGAGAAAGGUGCUGGAAAAGACAACAACAGGAAAAUUAAAUCUAGCAAGGAGGAUAGAGAGGGGAGCCAGGCAGGGGAAGCGAUGAAAGCCUCCAGGGGGGAUAAAGGGAGACGAGCAGAGCGAAGUGACAGGGUGAGGAGGGCGGGGGACGAGGGGCUGCCGGGGAAGCUGGGCUCCACCAAGCGCUAUUCCCGCACGGACAAGCGGCGGAGCCGCUACCGCACCUGCAGCACCAGCUCGGCUGGGAGCAACAACAGCACGGACGGAGCCCUGCUCGUGGAUGGGGUGGAGAGGAGGCAGGAGCGUGCCAGGGAAAGGAUACGUCCUAGGAAGCAGCUGUCCGUGUCCUCCACCGACUCCUUGGACGAUGACAGGAUCGAUGAGGCAGAGGUGUACGUCUCCAGCAGGAGUUCGGACAGGAGAAGGCAUUCGGAGCAGAGCCGAGCUUCCAGGAGUGAGAGCGAAUGGAGCAGCAAUGGCAGGGAAGUCAAGGGACCCUUCCGAGUGAAAUUUGUCAGCAGGACCACGAGCAGGGACGUCAGCCUGACAGAUACAGAUAAAAAAAAGUCCCUGAAGGCCUUAGAGGUUUCAGAGGCGAGGAGCCAGAGCAAGGAGCCCCAAGGGAGGGGCCGUGGGAUCCUGUUCCUGCCUGCCAACACGGACCUCUCUGCCAGCUCAGGAGGUGUCCCUGAAGCUGCUCACCCUGGGCCCAGGCUCCUGCUGGGCGGGGCUGGCAGCAAAGGCCCCCGGAGCCGGGGCCGAGGUGGCACUGCCCGCCGGCUGUGGGACCCAAACAACCCGGACCAAAAACCCGCCCUGAAGAGCCAGACUGCUCAGCUUCACUUCCUAGACACGGACGAUGAAGUGAGCCCCACCUCCUGGGGGGAAGCCCGCCAGGCCCAGCCCUCCUACUAUAAAUUCCAAAACUCUGACAACCCCUAUUAUUACCCUCGUGCCUCCGGGCAAGGCCCCCAGUAUCCCUACGGCGGAUAUUCCCUGCAGUAUCCUAUGGGUCCGACCAACGGCGUGUACCCAGGAGCCUUUUACCCCGGGUACUCUGGCCCUGCAGGGCAGUACCUGUGUGGCCCACUCCCCCCUGCUCCUCUGAGCCCCGAGAUGGAGCAGCAGAUGAGGAACAUGCAGCAGCAGGAGCUCGGCAAACUCCUGCGUGAGGCUGGGAACCAGGAGCAGCAGCUCAGCAACCUCCUGUCCAGAGACCGUAUCAGCCCGGAGGGGCUGGAGAAGAUGGCCCAGCUGAGGGUGGAGAUGCUGCAGCUCUAUGAACGGUGCAUCCUGAUGGAUAUCGAGUUCUCUGACACCCAGAACGUGGACCAGUUGCUGUGGAAAAAUGCUUUUUACCAGGUGAUUGAGAAAUUCCGGCAGCUCCUCAAGGACCCUCAGGGGGAAAAUGCCCAAGAAAUUCGGAACAAACUGCUCUUGCUUCUAGAUGAGGGCUCUUCAUUUUUUGAUGGCCUCCUCCAGAAGCUGCAGGUGUCCUACCAGUUCAAGCUCGAGGACUACAUGGAUGGGAUGGCCAUCCGCAGUAAACCUCUCAGGAAAAUGGUGAAGUACGCCCUGAUCAGCGCCCAGAGGUGCAUGAUCUGCCAGGGGGACAUUUGCCGGUACAGGGAGCAGGCCAACGACACGGCGAACUACGGCAAGGCCCGCAGCUGGUACCUGAAGGCUCAGCAAAUUGCUCCCAAAAACGGCCGCCCGUACAACCAGCUGGCGCUUCUGGCCAUCUACACGAGGAGGAAGCUGGAUGCUGUGUACUACUACAUGCGCAGCCUGGCUGCCAGCAACCCCAUCCUCACUGCCAAGGAGAGCCUCAUGAGUCUGUUUGAGGAGACAAAACGCAAGUCAGAGCAGAUGGAGCAGAGGAAACAGCAAGUGCUGGAUGUGAGCCCCACCCGCCGGGGCAAGGGCAAGAAAUCCACCCUGAGACAAGUGGGAGAUGAUGCCACCAGGCUGGAGAUCUGGAUCCAUCCCUCCCACCCCCGCUCCUCCCAGGGCCACGAGUCCGGCCGGGAUUCCGAGCAGGACAACGGGCUUGGGAACCUCAGCCCCAGCGACCUGAACAAAAGGUUCAUCCUCAGUUUUCUCCAUGCCCAUGGGAAGCUGUUUACCAGGAUUGGGAUGGAGACGUUCCCUGCGGUGGCCGAGGAGGUCCUGAGGGAGUUCCAGGUGCUGCUGCAGCACAGCCCCCCUCCCAUCGGAAGCACCCGCAUGCUCCAGCUCAUGGCCAUCAACAUGUUUGCAGUGUACAACUCCCAGCCCAAAGAGUGCAUCUCUGAGGAUUGCCGCUCCGUCAUCCAGGAACAGGCCACGGCCCUGGGGCUCUCCAUGUUUGCACUCCUGGUGAGGAGGUGCACCAGCCUGCUGAGGGAAUGUCUGCCAGUUCAGCCACAAGAGAUGGAGCAGGAGGAUGAGGAGGAUGACAUCAAGGUCUCUGCCUUGCCCCAGGACCUGAAGGAGCUGCUCCCCAGUGUGAAGGUCUGGUCGGACUGGAUGCUUGGCCACCCGGACACCUGGAAUCCUCCUCCAACGUCUCUCGAGCUCCCCAAACAGGUCUCAGUAGAUGUGUGGGCGACGCUGGCUGACUUCUGUAACAUACUGACCACAGUGAAUCAGUCGGAGGUGCCCUUGUACAAGGACCCAGAUGACGACCUUGCCCUGCUUAGCCUGGAAGAGGAUCGGCUGCUCUCGGGCUUCGUUCCCCUGCUGGUCGCCCCCCAGGAGCCCUGCUACGUGGAGAGGACCUCGGACAAGGUUAUUGCAGCCGACUGCAAGAGGGUCACAGUUCUGAAGUAUUUCCUGGAAGCCCUUUGUGGACAAGAAGAGCCUUUGCUGGCAUUCAAGGGUGGAAAAUAUGUGUCAGUGGCACCCGUCCCAGACGCCAUGGGAAAGGAAAUGGGAAGCCAAGAGGGAAAACAACUGGAAGAUCAGAAGGAGGAUGAUGUGAGGAUUGAGGCCUUUGAAGAUGACUCUGAGACUGAAGGCAGUGGAGGAGAGAUGGACAUCAAGGAGCUCAGAGCCAAAAAGCAAGCGCUGGCCAGGAAAGUGGCUGAGCAGCAGCGCCGUCAAGACAAGAUUCAGGCCGUGCUGAAAGACCAGAGCCAAAUGAGGCAGAUGGAGCUGGAGAUCAGACCAGUCUUUCUGGUCCCGGACACCAACGGUUUCAUCGACCACCUCGGCAGUUUGGUCACGCUGCUGGACUGCAGGAAGUUCAUCCUGGUGGUGCCCCUGAUCGUGAUAAACGAGCUGGAUGGCCUGGCCAAGGGCCCAGAGAUGGAGCACCGGGCUGCAGGCUAUGCCCGCCAAGUGCAGGAGAGAGCCAGGAAGUCCAUCGAGUUCCUGGAGGAGAGAUUCGAGAGCCGGGACAACUGUUUGAGGGCUCUGACCAGCCGAGGCAACGAGCUGGAGUCCAUCUCCUUCCGCAGUGAAGACACCACUGGCCAGCAGGGAAACAAUGACGACCUGAUUCUGUCCUGCUGCCUCCACUAUUGCAAUGACAAGGCCAAGGAUUUCAUGCCCUCCAACAAAGACGAUCCCAUCCGUUUGCUCAGGGAAGUGGUUUUGCUGACGGACGACCGCAACCUGCGAGUCAAAGCGCUGACCCGCAACGUGCCGGUGCGGGACAUCCCCACCUUCCUCAAGUGGGCUCAGGAGGGCUGAGGGGGCCCAGCGGGGCCCAGGGCCCCUGAGCGAGUCACGCAGCCCCUGACGGUGGGAGCCCGGCUCCAGCGGCGGCCGCGCCGCGCCGCCACCGCCGCCGGCCCACCACGAACAAUAAACGCCGCGUCUUCAACCCACCCCAGAAUGGCCGUGCUGCCGAGGGCCCCCCGAGGGCAGACCAGCCGGGAAGGUCGUUGCUGUGGAUGGUUCACGUGGAGGCUGGGCCGUUGAGGGUCCCGCCGGCCUUUGGGCAGCGCCAGCGCGGGAGCCGGAGAGCCCCGCUGUGGAGGGAAGCUUUGGGUGAGCCCUGUGCUGGAUCACCGGCCUUUCGCUUGGUUUGCUUGGGUGCAGAGAGCUCGAGUCACGCCUUGGUGGCUCUUUGGGUUUGUAGGCUGCGUAGGGCAGAGAUCGGGGACAUGCCAGCACAGACUUUGGGGUUGCUUAGUCCAGCCUGUACACCUUGGAGAGGCCGUGGACUUCAAGGGCAGGUUUUCCCCCUGCCCCAGCCUGUUUGUCCUGCAUGGCCAGACAGCCCCAGGUCCCCGUCCCCUUCCCCGCCGUGUGCUGCCCCACGCAGGAGUGCUGCUUGCGGAGGGGUUUGGCCUCUCUGUGCUGUGGGGUUUGCUUGUUGAGUUUCAUUUUUUCAGUGUAGGUUAGUUUUCAGGUGUGUUCCCUGCCUGCUUUGCUGGGGGAGACUUUGAACACCCUCGCAGCUGCUUUGUCCUGAUCCCGUGCCCACCCCAGCUGUUGCUUGCCCCUUCCCUUCUUCCCCACACCUCUUAGUCCUCCCCUGCUACCUUUAGGCACGCUUUUGCCCUAAGACUCCAUGUGAGGCUAACAGAAUUGUCCAAGGACCCCAGGACCGGCUGUCCCUUGGGUACCGUGUGUCCUCACAUUGCCACAGGCCCCUCUUCCAUGUGGGAUCCGGCUUCUGUCUAUGGCUGCAGAGUCAGAGAGAACCACAGAAAUGCUCAGCCCCACUGUUUGCCUAGCUGAGAGGGUCCAUGGAUGGAGCCAUUGCCUCGUCCCUGGGUCAUUCUGCACUUGGAUUUGGGGUGCUGCUAAGGCCUUCCACACCCCAUGCUGUCCCAUCACCAAGUGUCCCAUCCCCAGUGACCCACCAGAUACAGAAGCUACAAGGGAGCAUUAACCCCUGAACCAGAGCCCCUGGAGCUCUGUCAAGUCCCAGUCCCAUGAGCCGAGGGUGGGAGCAACCCCAAGGCCACCCCUGGCCCCCGCUGGGGCACUGCAGCCACGGGAGGGAAGUGGCAGAGGUGGCAGAGGAAGCAGCAGGAUAGAUGCAGUGUUUUCCUUUCCCCUGUGGGUGGCUCAGACCCCGUUAUCUGCAGUUACCCCCGUGCCAGCUGCCCGGCCCCACGGGCAGAGCCAGCACCAGUGCCAGAGCCUGGGCAGCGCGGUGGGCGCACGCGGGGUUGUGCUGCAUCACCCGUUCCGGAGCAGUGCCCGGCCUGGGGCACGACCCGCGGAGACUUUGGGGUGCCCACGGCUGCUGUGGGGCACACGGAGCCAUCGGCACAGCGCCCACGCCCCGGUUCCUUGCCCACAGCCGUGCUGGCCGCCAGCUUUGCAGAGACUUUGCCUUCUCCUCCACGCCGGGUGUGUUUCAGUGUUUGUUUUCUUGCGGCGCUGCCCCAGUGCUGCUUUCCAGAGCCCUCCCCGAGGUACCACCGGCCCGGAGGGUCCUGCAGCUCUGCCGGACACGUCACUGGCUCGGCCAUGGGACGGUUUCUGUGCCACCAAAGCAGCUGGCACAACGAGCUUGAGCGCCUGGGGCCAUCCCUGCCUCGGAGCUGUCUCGGGGCAGCGCCUGCCUUUGAGCUGUUAAGUUGGUUUUAAUAAUUUUUAGUAUUAAACAUGUGUCAGUGCA